UCUAGCCUUGUCUGAUAUGCUUCGAAUUCCUCCACCAGCUAAACUUGCCAAGACUUGUCAAAAGGGCCUCGAUAAUGUCCCACGUCCCUGCGUCUCUCUGCGAUUCCUCUCUCACCCUCUCCCGCCUUGCUAUCUCCAGCUCCGAUCCUUGGCCUUUCUCUAUCUAAACCUCUAACUUUUUUCUUUCCCAACUUCACAGCUUUAUCUAUAUAAUUUCUUUAUUCUUGGCCUUCUUUCCGGUCCUCUUGGUACUUUCUAUUCGUUUCUUUCCGUCUUGGAGGUUUUUCUUUUUCUUUUCUUUUCUUCCAAGAAUGAGAGGUGAAGAGAAGUAUCAUCAUUUACAACACCACCACCAGAAUCACCAUCUUUUGCGAAGCUUUCACCUUCAUGCGAUGCACCUGGGCCACAGGCACGGGCAUGAGAAGGGAAAGAGUCCGGCGACGACGAUGCCACCGAAAGGGUGGGUGGGGAUAAGGGUGGGGCAGGAAGGGGAGGAGCAGCAGCGGUUCGAGGUGCCUGUGGACUAUCUGAAGCACCCGCUCUUCAUGGCCUUGCUGCACCAGGCGAAGGAGGAGUUCGGAUAUGAGCAGAGCGGAGCCA